AAGUGUGAUGUGCGAAAAAUCUUUGUUGUCCGUCGACUCGUGAGUGCGCGCGUGCUUGCGAAGCUUUUGUUCGUUACCCGCAUAUUUCUGACGUCCUGUUUUGACUGAACGCAUUUUUUGUAACCUACAUCUUUUGUAUACUUGAUACUGUUGGGGAUCCUCCUUGACCGGAAUCCUGGAACCAUUACUAAAAGAAAGAAAGAGAGAGAGAGAGAGAGAUAUGUAAAAAAAUGUCAACCGCUGAAAAGUUCGACAUGAAGCGAUAGACAACGCGAAGAAGAAGAAGAAGGAAAUAGAAGCGCAACAACAACAGUGGGAUAACAGUGAUCAUCGCGGUAGCUGACAGCGGUGGUAAUAUGGUGGCGUAGGCCGACGGCGACGACGGCGGUGGUGGCAGCAGCAGCGGUAACAGUAGCGACGGCAGUGGCAACGGUGUAACAGCUGUAGCUGAAUUUUCCGGAAAACCGUGGGGAUCGAGGAAAAUAAUUCGAGUUAUUUCGACACGCGUCGCGCACCUGCCGCGUCAGGCACACUUCGGCGACGAUGAGGUCGCGAGUGCCUCGUUACCGACGCCCGCUCCGUUAAUAACGCGGAAGCGAAGAGAGUGCGGAUUUAAACGAUUAAAUAUCGUUCGGUGGAAGCUCCUCCCGCUGGCGCGCGAACGGAGGAUUUCUGGCAACGCCAUGUCGCGCGUUCCCAGCUGAUGUCUCCGUGUGUUUGACACCUCGGACGUGCUCCUCCGUGAUUCUAAACGUGCCUGCGAAUUGCGUAAUAAUUCUAGAGGGGGCGCGAUCUUCAUAUACACAUAUAACGCGCAUUUUCUCAUGCGUAAUUCGACUGUGAUCCGAUAAAUACGUUCGAGAGAGAGAGAGAGAGAGAGAGAAUGGCGGAGCUGGAUGAUUUGUUUCACAAGGAUCAAUAUGUAGGCCCAGAGCGGCUGACCGAUCUGUGCUUCAGACUGAUCUGCGAGAAUCUCGACAUAAUCUCGGUCAAGGGGAAACGUGGCCAUCGGAUACUGAGGAAAGGGUUAACCUUCCCGAGCGAGAUAUGCGACAAGAUAAUCGAAUAUGCGCAGCACAGCGAGGCGACCGAAGACGUCGACUGUUUCUUCUCGAUUUUCAAGAACCUGACGGCGACCCGGCUGAAGCACGUGAAGAUCGCCAACUGCAGCCUGACGAACAAUUCGGUCCACACGCUCGCCAGUCACAAGCUCUACGAGCUGGAACUCACGGAUUGUAGUAACUUAACGGAACUCUGUAUCGAGCACAUUAAUGCCAAUUCGGAGAAUCUACAUAGCUUAGCGUUUCACGGCACUUCAAUGGUGAUACCGCCGCAUCUGAUCACUAACGAUUCAACUUACGAUUACUACAGACGUGGAUAUGUUUUUAAGACACGCAACUUGAAGCGCUUAGCAUUAGGAUACGUGGGGAUACCUACGUCGGAAUACGUCUUGCUUCUGGCAAAACUACCCAACCUGACGCAUCUGGACUUAUCGAACAGUUCUAACGUCGAUACCUUCCGCUUUUUUCAUUUAGUACCAAAACUUGUGUCUCUAACUUUGUACAACGUCAAAGUCAAUAGCUCGUCGAAAGCCUUCGUGAAAAAUAUCUGUGAGCUGAAAAGUCUAAGGCACUUGGAUAUCUCGCAGUCAAUACCCAAGCACGGACAAUUUGAGAAUCCCAAUAAGGUCCUAGCUGACUUAGUAAAUGGCUUACCGCAACUGGUCUCCUUGGAUAUCGGUGGUACGAAUCUCGCGGGAAGGGGUGUAGCGGAACGUCCCAGUAGCGACACGAAUGUCGAGGACGCUAAUCUCAGUCAACUUUCCGACAUACCGGGGCUCGCGUCUAGAAUACACAAACCCUUACAAUUCUUAGGUCUUUAUGGUACAGCCCACGGUGCUUGUAGGAGGCACGACAUACCGGCAAAAGUGGUGGCGGGUGACGCGAACGAAGAUCAGAUAUUAAUUGCAGCUCAUGUUUGCAUGGACAAUAAGCAGGAGAUGUUGCAAAAAGUGCUGAGCGAUCUGUAUCAUGUAUUUAGGUACGAAAAUUGCCGUAGAAUGGAUCAAGCGUUAAGCACCGUGUUAGAGGCGAUGGAGAAGCACCCGGCUCAGAAGCACAUACAAAUAUCUGGAAGCGCUACGUUAUUUUACAUAAUGAAAAUGAAAGAGAGGGUCGAGCUAGUUGCACGAAUGAAAAGACGGAUUAUCAGUACCCUUCUGGCUGGUAUGAGCGCGCACAGAGACGAGGAGACUAUGAUGCGGAACGGUUGUUUGGCAUUGUGCCAAUUCCGCAUACCACAAGAUGUGAUGUCGAAUUACGAGGCGCUCGUCAAGGUGCUGCUGCAUUCGGCCAAGCACUCGGAACCGGAGAGUUUCGUUCAGAGAAUCGGCAUAUACCUGUUGAAUUCUCUGGCCUGUCAGGUGGAAGGCAGGGAGAAAAGACUGCUGGGCAAAUUGGGCUGUGUUAAGACCAUGUUAGAAUUGGUGGAGUACAGGGUGCAGGCCGAUAUAUUUGACGAUGUGUUAGAGGUCGCAUGGUCAACCAUGUGGAACAUGACCGAUGAGACGUCCGUGAAUUGCCAACGGUUCCUGGACGAGAAAGGCAUGGCGCUCUUUCUCAAGUGCGUAGAGAAAUAUCCACACAAGGAAGAAUUAUUGAGAAAUAUGAUGGGCUUACUCGGCAAUGUGGCGGAGGUCGAGUACCUACGGAUCCAUCUGAUGCAGGAACAAUACGUAACUGUCUUCGCCAACCUACUACGCUCCAAUAACGACGGAAUCGAGGUCCCGUACAAUGCCGCUGGCAUAUUGGCACACAUGGCGUCCGAUGGCGCCGACGCAUGGACAAUAGUAAAGCCGACUCUCAACGAGGUUCUUAAAUACAUGGUGCAAGCUAUCGAAAGUUGGGAUCUAUCCGCGGAACGUAACAUCAAUUACCGUUCGUUCCUACCUCUUUUACGUCUGUUGGAUGUGUAUCACACUCCUCCGUGUCAACAUUGGGCAGCUUGGGCUCUCGCUAAUCUCACUAACGUGUAUCCUAACAAGUAUUGCGCGUUGGUGGUGAAAGAAGGAGGGAUGGAGAAACUGCACACAGUAAUAUUGGACCCCAGGCCGUACGAACGUAUAAAAGAACUCGCCAACUAUGUGAUCGAGAAUUGCUGUCAUUACGAUUGCCAUUCGGACGACGUGAACGUAUCCCAUUCGUCUUUAGACGCGGAGUAUAGUCUAGACGGCUAAAACGGAUCUCGAUAUUGUCGUUUGCACGUCUCGAUUAUGUUGUCUCUCUCUCUCUCUCUAGACAAGAACAGACCGUAAUACCGAUAUAACGUUAGCGGGCGAAGUAGACGGGUCGGAUUAAAAAUAAAACGCGUUAAAUCGAUUCUACGAUGAGUUGAUCCGGCGGAGAAGCGGAAUGAAGCGCGGAUGGAAAGGCGCGAACGGACGCUCAAUAGUAUAACUAGAAAGGUGUGUUGCUGGUGUUUGCGUGUAAGAGAAAUAUUGGGUAAUAUUUUGAGUCCGUUACUCGAUCAUCAGUAUACAUAUUUAUCGGAUAUCUUAUUACGAAGGAUUAAUGUGUACAAAGCCCGCUUGUACUGCAAAAGGAAAGUUGAAACCGAGUAAUAACGCGCGCAUGCGCACAGCUGAAACGAGAGAAAAGGAACGACGGCACGUUUAUUAUUUGUCUUCUCAUCUAUGUGUAUUAACUUUCUUACAAUGUAUGAAUGUUUGCCCCCGGGGUUUCUCCUCUUCCUAAUAAAUGGUAUAUGAUUUGCUCUCGUUAACCGGAUUUUUUGAAUUCACGAAAACAGUGAGAUAUACUACGUAGAGGGACUGCGUGUACAUAGGAGUAAGGAAAAGCGGUAAGGUAUGUUUAGGUUUAAAUGUUUUGUAUACUACCGUUAUUAUACUAUUAAAGUCAUUUGAAGAAAUUGGCAACACCGACACGUAUUAGAUUACCACACAACUUGCGCAACUAAACGUAUAUACUUUUAACAAAUUUCUAGAUUUGUCUUUUGAUAGGUUGGGGCAACUUGAGACAACAAAAAUGUACGAACGAAUAAUUUAUAGCGACUGUUACCAGUGUCAAUGUAACGUACACCAGGCGUCACGUGUGCCCUAACGUUUAUAAUUGACGGGUAGUCGCGCGGAGUUUCAAUCGUUCAGGAUCAACGACCGUUCAGGAUUGAGCGAAACCGUAAUAAAUACGUGUUACAAGUAAUAGUUCUGAUGUUAUAAGGCAUGUAUGACGCCCGGUGUACGCGACGAUGUAAGCGAGUAAGGCGCUCAAUGCACACACCCGGUUUGUUCGAUGUGUAAUAUAAUAUCGUCUAAGAUUGCCGCAUACA